UUAAAAAGACCUCCCGGAAGGCAUCCCCUUAGGCAGAUUGCCCAAAGUGUUGCGUUGCCAUAACUAAACAAACAAAUUGAACGGGUGAAAGAAGCGCCCUAGUACAAUGUAUAUAAUUUCCAUUAACUUUCAUUUUGUUCUAUUUUUGCCACGCAAAAAUUACUACGGGUUACAAUCUGAUGAACUUAUCACAAAAUACAAAGUAUGAACUGCGAUAGGAUAAGAUGAGGAAAACGCCUACAAUGACCUUGAUUUUACUAAAUCGCGAUAAAUUAGUCUAAGAACUGGUCUGGCUGGCAUAAGAAGUGUGCAUCAUGUCCGUGAGAGGAGAAAAUCUUUCCUUGGUCCUUCACCCUUCUCAGAAAUUAACACUGGAGAAGAGCGAUAUACCCGAACCUAAAGAAACCGAGGUCCUUAUAGCUAUUCGAUGCACGGGAAUUUGCGCUAGCGACAUUCAUAUGUGGGCAUGGGGUGAAUUGGCUAAAAUGAAGACCGUAACCCCCACCGUAUUGGGUCACGAGUCCAGUGGAACCGUAGUGAAAGUUGGAAAAAGCGUUAAAAAUUUCAAAGCAGGGGAUAGAGUCGUCAUAGAGACGAGUGGCCCCUGUCUGGGAUGUCCUCUUUGCUUGGAAGGAAAUUAUCAUUUAUGUCCAGAUCUGAAAAGAUUGGGAGCGUGUCCGCACGACGGAACCUUCACUCGAUACAUCACUCAUUCCGCCCAGUUUUGCUACAAGCUUCCGGAUAAACUAACAUUCGAAGAGGGUGCUUUAGUAGAACCUUUGGCCGUGGCCCUUCACGCUUGUCGUCGCGGUAGAGUUACGGGCGGGGACAAAGUUCUAAUCUGCGGAGCAGGCGCCAUCGGCCUGUUAACCAUGCUAACUGCCAAGGCAUUUGGAGCUACAAGAAUUUGCGUGACAGACGUCAGGAAGGACAGAUUGGAAUUCGCUAAGAAAUUAGGAGCAGAUUGUACCGUUUUGGCAGAUCCCGACGACGACGUCUGUGUCAGACGAGUGGUGGAAUCGCUAGGGGCCAAUCCGGACGUUAGUUUGGACUGUUGUGGAUUCCAAGCUACGGUAACGGUGGCUUUAAAGGCGACGAAACCUAGAGGUGUAGUGGUGGUGGUGGGAAUUGGACCGGGAGAUUCCAAGCUACCGUUACCGGAAACCAUGCUGAAAGAAGUAGACAUUGUCGGAGUAAAUAGAUAUCCGAACUGCUAUCAGCGAGCCAUCGAUCUUCUCGAAAGCGGCGCCGUUAAUGGUCUUCCUGUGAUUACUCAUAGCUUCAAACUGGAAGAAGCCAUAGAAGCCUUCGAAUUCGUUAAGAGAGAGGUCCCCGGAACUGUCAAAACUAUGAUACGGUGUCAUCCGGAAUAAAUACUACAAUAAAACGAAUGCAACGAGCGCAUUAGUAAUAUGUAACAAAAAAAUCAAUUUAAAUAAAGAGAAAUAACUACUUUUUGA